CCGGAACGUUCGCUCGCUGUGUUUGCAGAAUUAAAUAAAAACAAACGUCGUUGUCGAAAGAAAGCAAAACAUAAGAUAUUUCUUUGUUUUUCUUUAAAAACAUCGAUCAUGAGAGACGUAGAACUAAAGAAGGCAUUACAAGGGGGAAAUAGUUUAAACGUCAAAGUCACAAAUGCGUCAGGAAAGGAACUGGAGUUUUGUAUUUGUGCUAAUCAAUCUGUACAAAAUCUGAAGGAAAGAGUAUCUGGCGAAAACCCAAAAGAUGUCGUGCAUUAUAAACUUGUUUCAAUGAGCGAAAACCGUAUUUUAGACGAGAAAAAAACAUUGGCUGAAGAAGGAAUAAAAGAUAAUGAUGAAUUACUUCUUGUGAGAAGAAGGAAGCCAAAAAAUUCCAGCAAAGAUGAAGUUGUCACUUCAAAAGGACCUGAUUCAUCGAAAAUUGUUAAACUAACAUCUGAAGUUGGAGAAGUUCAGGGUAACAAAGGUGUAGACUUUGGAGCGGCUGCGCCACAUUUUGAUUUUAAUCGUGAGUUACAAAGAAUACUCAACACACUUAUUGAUGCUGCUCAUCUUGUUCAAUUUGUUAAUGAAGAUGAAGAGAAUCCAGAGUCCUGCCUAGGUGAUUUUAAUGAUGAGGUUGAUGAAGAUCAAUUACAGCAAUUGAUGGACAUGGGAUUUAACAAAGUUAGAGCUACAAAAGCACUUCAGUUAAACAAAAGAACAGGUGUUGAAGGCGCUAUGGAAUGGCUUUUACAACACAAAACAGAUCCAGAUAUUGAUGAACCUUUAAAACCAGAUGAAGGUAAAGGUGAUGCGAAACCUCAAAGCAGUAAAACUCGCAACAGAAGGGAGUUUGUACCAAAUAAAAAGGCCUUUGAAUUAUUAAAAGAUAUGGGUUUCCCUGAAGAGGAUGUUGUCAAAGCCCUUAAAGUGACUGGAAAUAAUCAAAGAGCUGCCUGUGAUUGGUUACUGGGGGAAAGACAUGAUGUUGUUGAUGACAGCGAAACUGGAUUAGAUCCAGAAAGUCCAUUGUAUUCAGCUAUCAUGGAGAAUCCUGUUGUACAGCUGAGUUUAACAAAUCCCAGAAUACUUGCAGCUUUUCAGGAAAUGCUGGAGAAUCCUUUAUCAAAUGGACAUUAUAUCACUGAUCCAGAAACAGGACCUGUACUUCUCCAAAUAUCUCGAAUUGUGCAGGGUUUUGCACGAUAGUGUUUUAGAAAUUAAUAUAAUUGUGAAUACUCUAAGAAUUUCGUCAUUGUAGAUGUCUAAGAAGAAUUUGAUAUGAACUAAUGUAUUUACUGUUAAUGUAAAGGAUUUAGACUUAACCUAAAUAUGGUUUUAGCCAUUAAAAUUAUAUAAUAGAAGACUUUCAUUGAAGGACAUUCUCCUGCCUUCAACUGUAACAUGUAAAUAGAGUUUAUGCUAUAAACGUGUUUGUUUGUGUAA